AUGGGGCAGCGCCACCAAAUCUACGUUAUCGCACGCGUGCGCUGCGAGGACGAAACGACCGGUCACCGACGCUGCGUGGCCGCAUACCAUCACCAGUGGUGCUAUGGCCGCACAGCCUUGCACCUUCUCUCGCGCUUCCUGAGGCUCAUAUCCCAACCUGAUAAUGUCCAGUCAAUACGCCGCGAGAUCGCAAAUGUGCAGGGAAAUUGGGGCGAGGAACCUGCCGAGGUCGCCGUUGGGCGUGAAGAUUACGUCCCUUGCCCGUUCAUCGCUUUCCUUUUGCAUCUGGCUUGGAACGUCAACCUCGACGACGUCCCAGUAUACGUUGCUGGCACGACCUUCUCCAAUGCCGUGCAGGACGUUCGGAUGGACACAUCGGACGGCCACAACGACGACGGCAUCACUAUUAUUGAUGUCACGGAUCCUUCCAAGCCAUCAUAUUGUUUCAACCAGAUUGGCGGUCCCCCCCUCACUGCGGAACAGUACGUUCGGCAGUACUACCCGCAGACUAUCGAUCUCGCUUCUGUCAACGACGCCCAAGUCCAGGACAACGACACGCUUACGAAAGCAGUCGCAACGGAACACAUGGUUUUACAAGCCAUAUCACCUCUACAAGACGUACCGCUCAUGUCCAUCGACUCGCUUGUCGAGGCUUGGCCCGAAGAUUAUUACCGUGCACGAAGGAAGAUGUUAGCGGCAGGCACCUACGUGUCCGGGGACCCUGGCUCUCCAGAUAACCCUAUUCCGGCUGUCUUUACCUCUUACAUUUCGUCUCGCCGUUCGCCGCCAGCGAUACCGAGCCUAGCGGACAUCUCCUUACGCCAAGCCAUUCUCUAUGCAGUCAACGAAGGCGACGUUGAGUCCAUCCAAGAUUCUACGUCCCAGCCUGGCCAGCGCGAGAUCAUCUUCAGCACAUUGCGAGACAUAUCGCCACUCCCUCAAGCUGGUGCAGAGCUGCUCGCCUUCGCCAUCGGUCGAGAUCACCCCGUCGACGUGCUCAAUCUGUCUGGCAUCGAUCUGACAUCCUCUGCUGUCAUUGGUCUUGUGCGUGCUGCGGGAAGUGCUCUUAUCAAGCUUGAUUUGACUGGGAAUUCUCGAGUGACGAUCAGUGACGUCGUCGACAUCCUGAGAGUAGCUCCCAGCAUCCGGCAACUGAUCAUAUUUGGUUGUCCUCUCGUUUCUGACGAAGAGAUAUACGGCCUCCUCGCAACCUCUCCAAAGGCCAUCUAUACUCUUGAGUUCAUUGGACACGACGCAUUCUUCCGGCGCCCGUAUGAUGGAAACCCUCGGUGCCCAUAUGCUCCAUCAUUCACCUGCAUACUUGGGGAUUCUUGGAUGCGAAAGUCAAUCACCACAUCUCUCCCUUACUUCACUCCAAGCCGCCUUCUGCGUUGCAUGUACACGCUCUUGAAGCCGUUCGCGGCCGCAUACUCCGCUUACACCAAGAUAAUGCUUCCUCCCAGUGAUAUCAAUAGCGACCCGUCGCUUCCUGAUAUCGCUCUCACGACCGGCCAUCUCUUGAAAUCCUCUACGGCUGUCCUGCAUGCAGCUUUCGCCGCGUGGGAUACCGAAGCCGCCUCAGUCUCGGACGCCGUUCGCUUGGCGCAAGUACAAGGACCCGAUCCUUCCGGGCUGAGAGCCAACACGCAACGAAUCACGCUGAUACCGCAAACGCCAGCGUCUCCGGAGGGUUGGUUAUUGCUGCUACAGCCCGAGAACACCCAGACGAGACCUCGCUUCGGUAUCGCUCGCAAACGCGUGAACCAACCACCUAUCGAUUCGGAGCCGGCUACUAAAGGGGCGCAUGGCAUUGAGGUGUUCACGCUCACCGAGUUUGUCAAAGCGCUUGUGGACGAGGGUCGUCCUGCGCCACCGCCUGAAGACGUCGCGGCGCUCGCUGGAGUCAUCGAUGCUACCUUCCCGGAGGAACACGGCGAUCGUCGAUUCGAUUCUGCAAGUGCCGCGGCGUUUCUGAAGAGGACACAAAGGCCAACAUGGUGA